AUGUCUAGUGUAUAUCGAAACAACUCAAACCAGCUAUAUGAAGAUAAUGAGUGUGGUCUUGAUAUGAAGCCCCACACAAGUAGCUUGAGGUGCUUGGACAGAGCUGCGAUGAUACUUCAAACCGAGCCCUUGGAACAGCAAAGAGAAAACAGAUGGAGACUUUGUAGGGUUACAGAAGUGGAGCAAACCAAAAGCGUGAUACGCACGGUUCCUUUGUUCACGACAUCUCUUAUCUCCGGGAUAGUUUUCUCCAUUGGUAACACUUUCUUUCUCGAACAAGCAAACGAUUUGGACUCCAAGUUCGGAUCCUGGAACCUCCCUCUCCCACUCCUCUUACUCUUUAGUGAGGCUGCAAGGCUAGGAUCUAGAGAGUUAUGCGUCAUGGCUGCAAAACGCAACGCCAAGUUACCAAAACAAACCAAAACACCAUAUGGUAUACCAGUCUCUAUCAUCCUAUCGGUAUUCUGUUCCGCCAUUGCUGCUCAUGUUGAGUCCAUGAGACUCAAAGUGGUUAGAACUCAAGAGACCGUCCCCAUGAGUGUUUUCUGGUUGCUCCCACAGUACGUUGUUCUCGGUUCAAUCACUGGGAUUUAUGAAAACAGCUUUGCGCUUUACCUAGAAGAAACAGUUCCUCAAGAGUUAAUCAAAACAUGGUUUUGUUUAAUGUGGGUGUGUGUGGGGUUGGGAUCAUGA